CAUCUCCGCGAUUAGGGUUCGUUUUCGUCUUCUCCCAUUCCGUAUCAAUUUCUCUUUCCUCCGAAGAAACAGAAGGAAAAAAUAUAUUUUUCAAAAUAAUAACACGGAUAUAGAUUCCCGUCGACAAAAACAAGCGCAACUGACAUCCGGUAGCCUCCGUCAUGAUUCUGUCAGAAGCUUCAGGUGCUCACAAUGUCAGCAAUGACAACAACUCCUCUUCAUUUCACAGGUGUUUGGGGGAGAGAAACUACUACUGGACUGUCUGAUUAACUGGAGAGAAAAAAAAGUGUUUACUCCAUGAGUAUUGAUCUUGAGCGUCGCCCGGGUGAAGAACUCAACAAUGGAAUUCAUGAGCAUGAAUCAAGUGCGUGUGUACGCACCAGAGACAGCACAGAUGGUGAACUGUAUAGUGUGGAUAAGGUUGAUGUGAAUGCAAACGUGAAUAUGAACUAUUGUGUUAAUGAUUCUGCCAGUGCUAUUGCCAGUGAAGGUAAUGAAAAUGUACAUUUAGAUCCUCGAGAAGGAAUGGAAUUUGAGUCUCACGAAGAAGCUUUUUCGUUUUACAAAGAAUACGCGAGACGUGAAGGGUUUGGUGUUUCUAAAAGAAAUAGCCGUCGCUCGAGGAUAUCUAAAAAAUUUAUUGAUGCGAAAUUUGCUUGUUGUAGAUAUGGGACUAAGCAAGCGAGUGAUAGAGUUAGCAGACCAAGACCUACAGCAAAAAUAGAUUGCAAGGCCGCUAUGCAUGUGAAACGAAAGGUUGAUGGAGCAUGGUAUGUGUAUUCUUUUGUUAAAGAGCAUAAUCAUGAGCUGUCACGAGACCAUGCACACUUUUUCCGAUGUCACCGAGAUACAAAUCCAAACAAGGAUAAGAUUCGCACAACUCCUACUGUAGGAGUACGACUAAACGAGGUCUGUCCUUCACUACCAGCAAGUUUUCAUGGGUUUCAAAAUGAUAAUUGUUUCGUGCAAGGCAUUAAAAAUGAUUUAGGUAACGGGCCGUGGUUAGCUUUAGAAGUAGGAGAUGCACAAGCUUUGAAUGAGUUUUUCUUGCAUAUGCAGGAAGAGAAUCCCAACUUCUUCUAUGCCUUGGAUUUGAAUAGAAAUCAAAAUUUGAGAAAUGUAUUUUGGGUCGAUGCUAAGGGUAGACAUGAUUACAUCGACUUUUCUGAUGUUAUUUCUUUUGAUAGUAUAUAUGCUACAAAUGGAUAUAAAGUGCCCAUAGCUCCUUUCAUAGGAGUGAAUCACCACGGUCACUUUAUAUUGUUUGGAUGUGCAAUACUUGCAGAUAUGAAUAAAUCAUCAUUUGUUUGGCUAUUUAAGACAUGGCUUAGAGCAAUGGGGGGACAAGCGCCAAAAGUAAUAGUUACCGAGCAAGGUAAUUCCAUGAGUGAAGCUGUUGAAGAAGUUUUCCCAAAUUCAAGACACUGUUACUGUCUGUGGGAUAUAACGAGAAAGAUCCCUGAUAAACUCACUCAUGUGAUAAAGCGUGAUGAAAAUUUCAUGGUGAAAUUUAAUAAGUGCAUCUACAAGUCAUGGACGAAGGUGGAUUUCGAAAGAAGAUGGUGGAAGAUGGUUAAUAGGUUUGAGCUAAGAGAGGAUUGUUGGAUUCAGUCGUUGUAUGAAGACCGCCAAAAGUGGGUGCCAAUAUAUUUAAAUGAUACAUUUUUGGCUGGGAUGUCGACAUCACAGCGAAGUGAAAGUAUAAAUUUUUUCUUUGAUAGGUAUGUUACAAAGGUUACGACAUUGAAAGAGUUUGUAGAACAAUAUGAAGUGGCUCUGCAUGACAGGUGUGAAAAGGAAGCUCAUGCAGAUUUUGAAUCUCGGCAAACAGUCCUCCCUUUAAAGUCCCCAUCACCUUAUGAAAAGCAGAUGUCAUCUAUCUAUACAAGAGAAAUAUUUAAGAAGUUCCAAUACGAGGUUAUGGGAGCACAUGCUUGCCACCCUGUAAAGGAAACAGAGGAUGAUGAAACUGUAAGUUUUAGGGUUACAGAUUUGGAGCGCCAGCAAGAGUUUAGAGUAGUGUGGAAUGGAACAAAAUUAGUUGUUUCAUGUUCAUGUCUUUCAUUUGGACUCAGAGGCUUCCUUUGUAGGCAUGCAAUGAUAGUUCUCCAAUUUUCUGGUGUGUUCAGUAUCCCAACCAGCUAUAUAUUGAAGAGAUGGACAAAAGAUGCAAAAAACAGGCAUAUCUUAAACCAAAUAUCUAAUCCAGUAGAAUCUAGGGGGCAACGCUACAAUGAUCUUUGUAGAAGAGCUAUAAGACUAGCAGAGGAAGGGUCGUUAUCGCUAGAGAGCUAUAAUGUUGCAUUAUUGGUACUAGAGGAAGGAAUUAACAAAUGUGUAGCUGAGAAUGACUCUCUUAGUAGUGCUGGAAAACCCAGAUUAUUGACAGCAUAUGACCUUCAAAAUACUGCUGAUAAAGAAGCUGACAGCAUCAGGAGAAAAGUGGGAUCUAAGAGGAUCCAGUCUAGAACUGAGAAGACAAACAGAAAGAGACCAAACGAGAAAAUAAAUAUAGGGGUGGAUGAAAAUGUUGCUAGUGUUGGAAUGUCAGAGACUUUACAAGUGAUGGGACAGCAAGAGUCCAGAACAACAAUGGUUGAUAGUUACUAUGGCACCCAAGGGAGCUUGCAAGCGAUGGGACAGUGGGGUUCUAAAGCGCCGGUUGUCAAUACUAACAGCUGUUACGCCACUCAAGAUAACUUGCAAGAGAUGGGACAGUGGGAGUCGAGAGCACCAAUUGGUAGUUACUAUGGUACUCAAUGCAACUUGCUACCAAUGGGACCUCCGGGGACAAGGCCACCAAACACCGAUACAUUCUACACCACGCCAGACAACUUAAGAGGAAUGAGGAACAAGUGAUCACUUGGAGGAAAAUCUAAAUGAUGUCCAAUCAUAAGAAGUUGCCAGUGGAAAAAUACCAAUCGAAAGUGCAACAUUUUAAUAUAGUCAAAUACUCAUUAAUUUGAGUUGCCUGGUUUUACAUACAACGCGUUCCUUGCAUAAUUGAUGUCUGUUAGAACUAUCUUAAUCAUCAAAGUGAAUAGCAGAAAGGAACUUGUGCUUUUUGACUCAUUGGGAAGGGAUGUAGAUGAAAAGGGAAAGGGAAAGUCCUAAUUAAGCAGGUGAAAGAAAAAUGACGAAUAAUGUGGUGGAUUGUAUUAUAUGAUUUUGAGGUUCUAUUUGCAUUUGUGUAGCACCGACACAAGAUCGGUCAUGCCUUUUUUGGUGGCUUCAGCUGGGUUGCAGUCUUGUUGGUUAAAAGAUUGUAAUGUUAGAAACGAACAUGUAUAUAGACAUUGCACUGCAAGGAGUAAAUGCUUUUCUGUUUUCCCGAAA